GGGGCGUUGAAAACAGACGCUGCCUCCAAUCCUCUCAGAUUUUUUUUUUAAUUUCGUGCUUCCUGUCUCUUCCUUGUUUUGCGCUCAAUUCUCUGCCUUUCGCACACUUAACGCAAACACUGCGCGCCUUUUAAAACACUCUUUUGUAGUAGAAUGCGGCUUCUUUGCGAAUAUUCGUCGCAAAACACCUUUUGUUCCGAGCUCGUUUCCUCCGACAGGAUCCCGCUGCUCGUCGUUUGUUGUUUUCCAGUAAACAUGGAUCACGUUUAGGUGAGAAACAGCCGUUUAAAUGCCCCUGUCGUCGAGGAGAUACACUGCGUUUGAAAACAAAGAGGUGUGUGUGCCCUGGGUGCAGCCUGGCCUGUGCUGUGGUGGCGAUGAAGAAUCCAGGAGCAGCUGGGAGCCGUCGGCUGAUCGCCUUGCUGGAGGGCGCCUUGGUCAGAGAGGCCCGCUUCUGGAAGGUGCCUGUCUUCAAGAACGGAUGCAUGCAGGGCGCUGAUAUCUCUUCGUCCCAACACCAAGAAAUGAUCCUCUGGCUCGGAGAAAUGAGCAGACUGUUCCAGUUCUGUCCUGAGACGUUUGCACUAGGAGUCUGUGUUCUCAACCGCCUGCUGUCCACGGUCAAGGCCCAACCAAAAUACCUGAAGUGCAUCGCUUUUACCUCGCUCGUCCUCGCUGCCAAAAUCAAUGAAGAAGAUGAGGUGAUCGGUUCUGUCAGAGACCUGGUCGCGCAGAGCGGCUGCAACUUUUCAACGGCGGAGAUUCUUCGCAUGGAGAGGAUCAUUCUAGACAAGCUGCACUGGGACCUGUACACCGCCACACCGGUCGACUUCAUUCACAUAGUAAGUUAGACUUCAGCAGACAGACAGGCAAACAUGUUUUUCUUUUUUUAAACUGGACCUGAAGCCUCUGAGAUCCUGGUCUUGCCUAAAACACAGUAGUACAAAAGCACACGUCAUGCUUGCAUCAAGGUGGCGUUAACACACACACACAUACCCUCGCUCACCGCUCCUCCUCCUCCUCCUCCCCCCUCAGUAAAGAAUUGGUCCUAGUAGAGAUUGUGCAUUUAUCCAAUUUUGACUUUGUGCCCUUUUUAAUGAUUAUAAAAUCCACAGUAUGUCCUUCUCCUUUUUUAAUAAACACUGGAGCAUGAAUGAAACAGAAAAUCACUUCUAAUGAUAAAAUCAAAGAUUAGCUGUCGAUUCACAUCUGUUGCAGCUCGACUGCUGUUUCAUGUCUAAUCUAAUGGAAUAAAUAAGAACUUAUAUUUAAAUCUUAUGUUUGGCCGUUUCUUUGUGAAUAAUUGGAAUACGGAGGACGGCGAGGAAUGCUAGAAGCAAAAAAAGAGACAUCGAAGGAGAACAUAACCCUGAUAAUAACCGCCUUUAGUCAUGUCUUGGUCUAAAUGCAGUGGUCGAGGUCGGCCCUAUUCUCAUAGUCACUUUAUUUAGGACCAUAUUGCGUGAGACAAAGUUAUAUAAUUGGCAAAUCGUCCCAAUUUGGCAUAAAAGCAGCAGACACGACUUCAUACAAGGUGUCAAUAGAGCCGUACGAGCCAUAUUAAUGCUGCAUUUGCAAGCUGCCCAGCAAAAUAACAGGCGUGCUGCACGUCAGGCCAAGGCACUUCUAACUGUCACCCUCGGGCCCGCGACGAGACCCAAACCCUGCUGCCACCGGAGGUAACGACGCUAUCAAACUUCAACAAGUAAAACAAAUGGACCUUUUUAUCCAUAAACGUCUGGAUUGUGGGGCCGUAACGAAAAUCACAAGUUUAUGGCACAAUAUUGUUUCCUGGUGUAAGCGUUCACCGUCUCGCCUGUGGCUGCCGUCCACAGAAUAAACCGCCAACAGUCACACGCGCGUAAACUUCAACCAUCUGGGCUGUGUACAUAACAGCGGGUCAACCACGAUGUAAUGACUUGAAUGUCGGUAUUUAAAUUGCAAAGGGCUACAGGGGUAUGAAUGUUCUCUGCAGUGCAUCCAAAACAAUAUUCUCAUGUGUAAAGUGUGGUUUUCUGGGUGAAAUGUCUUAAAAUGAGUCGUAAAAACAAAAGUUUCCAUUUGAAAAACUACAAACGAGAUGAAAGGAAAUGAAUGCCGGAGCCAUAAUUGUUGCUGACAUAAAUAACACACUGUAGAAGAUUACUAAUCUUAAAUAUUCCCAGUAGAAUUGUGAGAGGCCUUGUUGUAAAUCAAUAAUAAUAAAUAAUAGAUUUGUUAUGGCA